AUGACUUUCAAGCGGAAUACUACCACAACGCUCUCGGUCCACGACAGGGCUCUUGGGGCCUAUGUACGAAGCCGAGAGGGUGAUCUCAUCCGUUGCGUGGGACUGCAUUCGCAAUGGGUCCAACGCUCUUGGUUAACGAUCCGAUCUGCAGUCACAGUCAGGGGUCCAAGCUUGUCUCAGCAUGUUAGAGUUUGCCUGCCUGGUAAUACUCUCAACUUUGGGUCCCGGGAAGUGGACGUCUACGAAAGCUGCAGAGCGAAGAGCGAGAAUGUCGCUGGGCUCAUUCUCGGGCCAACUCCACCGGGAUGGUCGAUGAGCACAACGUCAAUAGACAAAUUCUUUGUGGAGUUGAUCUUGGCCCGCAUUAACGUUGACGUUCACCUUGUCAGCCCUCAAUCAAAGGCUGCAGCUCCGACAGACUCAACUGUUGAGGCGAUCGUCAGCCUGUUCGAUGCCGAGCUUCGGUAUCGCGUGCCCAAUGAUCAAUGGGAAGCAGAGGGUCGGGCGUAUUUUGCAGCAAAGGUGCGCUUUUUUGUACGUCACAAUCUCACGCUGGAACUGUGUCUUCCGGCAUUUCCUUGCAAGUCAUCGAAUCCAGACAAGGUUAUAGGUGUCCUCCCAGACCGAGGGGAAGAAAUUGCGCUGCGCCAACUGCAUGCUUUUGCUCGAAACGUUAAAAAGGUAUAUCCUCCUGGAGCUAGGAUUUCCAUCAUCAGUGACGGACAUGUGUUUAGCGAUUGCAUCGGGGUUGAUGAUAAAACGGUGGACGAAUACGGCGAACGCCUCAAAGAGCUUAAUCAUGCGAUCUCCUUGGAACUUGGACAGCCGAACGAGCUAGUUCAGUUUCAGUCUCUUGUCGAUCUAUUUGAUCUGAAAUCGCUACCAGAUUUUGCCUCCCUCGGUAGAAUGAAGCUUCCCGACCUGCCUCAUUAUCUCCCAACGAUUCUUGACGACGUCGCGGAACUGUGUCGUCAUAUCCUGGUAUCUGGCUGUCAGCCUUCGAGAGAAAGCCUUCGAAGUCAGAUCGAAUCCGGAGAUGAGUCGAUUGUAGCGCUGUAUCGCGGAUUCUCGCGAUUCAUGCUUGAAGAUCUAGACCAACACCCACUUACCGAGUCUCGAUCGCGUACUCAGCGAAAGAAGCUAGCCUCCAGGGUCUCGUUCGAAAUGAUCCUGCGAAACCAGGCAUAUUCAAACUUGAUCGAGUUGUUGUUUCCCGACUAUCUGCGUCUGUCGAUUCAUGCACAUAAUAACUCUGGCCCGAAGUUUGGAAUCAGACUCUUUGACACCGCGACCGUCCGUGCUGUUCGCGAACUGGGCUUUGUCGAUGGUAACAAUGGGAACGAAGAGGAUGAAGAUGUUAUGACAGCAUCUCAUCUCCUACAUAUUCCUACACCGUGGCACAACUGCAUCGCUCAGGUAGCUGGCGAUCCUACACUUUAUAUCGUAAAGUACGGCGUUGUGAAGGAGGCAUCAUUCACACAGAGGUACAAAUCCGACAUGGUCAAGGGCCAUCUUGCGAACGGUAGAGGAGCAUUCGUGUCACUAAAACGGUCUGCUGUUCCAUUCGGAACAAUGUGA